UGCGGAUUCAUUUUGUGACAGAACGCCGCACGUGAUCGUCUUCGUGACUGCCGACUUUUAUACCAGCACCUCAUGAACUUUUGUCGUAGCGUGGCGCGCCGUUCUAUACCGACUCUGCGCCUGAAUGUGGCUUCCCGCGCUCAUGUUCAUGUCUCCCACAUAGGCUCCAAACCUAUUCCCGUCCCAGAAUCCAUUACACUCGCCACCACACCUACGUCUAUUUCGGUCGAGGGUCCCCUAGGGAAAACCACAUUACCUUUGUUUCCCUUCGUCAAGAUCGAUGUCACCGACCCCAAAAUGAUGCUCGUUACCGUUGAGGACGCUGAGAUACAGCAACAGCGAAGAAUGUGGGGAACGACUCGAACACACAUAUCGAACGCUAUAACUGGCAUGACGGAAGGGUUCUUCAUGCCUCUCUAUCUUGUUGGUGUGGGUUAUCGUGCAGCAAUGGAGGAGGACCCAAGGGGAACGUCGGACGGGGGGAAUGGAAAGAGGAUAGCCAUGAAGCUCGGAUAUUCACAUUCCGUCUACAUCCCCGUUCCUCCGCAUAUCAAAGCUGAGGUCCCAACACCAACAAAGAUUACUUUAUUCUGCACGAACAAGCAUCAGCUCGGUCAGUUCUGCGCUAAAGUGCAGAGCUACCGAAAACCAGAGCCAUACAAGGGCAAGGGUAUCUUCAUCGGCAACGAGACGAGGGCGAUCAAAAGUGUGAAGAAGAAGUAGUCGGGACACGUGGAGUGUCGGGGUCGCUGGCGUAUGCAAGAGUCUAUCAUAUUCACAAUAUACUGGUCUACGACAAGGAGGCACCGAUCAGAGUGGGCGCCACACAGACGCCAUCCUUCGUUCGAAUCUUGUGGACGCUUUUUGUCGCGGGAUUGAUCCAAGCCGCCUCCUUAGAGUCCAAUGUGAUAAAUCCUGGACAAUUGAGUUAGUAUGUAUCCUUGCAAUGCCCUACUUCACUGACCGGGCUGGAUUGUCUCAAAUAUCUUCUUCUUUGGGUUCAGCUGGCUGAGAGGAGUGGCAGCUGAUAUCGGGAUGAGCUACUUGGCUUAGC